AUGCCGCCCACGAUGGUGGCCAGCAAGAGCGCGGCGCCGUCUCCUGAUGACGUUGCGCAAAUCACCAACACUAUAUACACCUCCAAGACUUCACAGGAGUCGCUGGACGCCGCUUACACCCUGACAGAUCUGCUGCUGAAUAGCGUCGGCUUCCGCGGUCUUACCGCAUACAAUGUUCUCCCGGAGAUCGUAAAAGCGAGCACCACCAAGAAAGAUGCGGCCAAGAGGGAGGGCGCCAUGUUUGCGCUGGGCGCAAUUUUCGAGCGCUUCCCGCCCAAGUCAAGAUUGAGCGAAGUCAUAUUUCUGGUCAAAGAGACCGCACUCGUCGGCUGUGCGCUAGACUCCCUGGCAGACCGACAGUCGAGCAUCAAAGAAGGUGCGCGCUAUGCUCUGGAUGCGCUGUACGGACACCUCGGUGCGGAGGCAAAAGUCUUCGCGCUUCUCCCACUGCUACAGCAAUAUCUACGCAAGAAUGCUGGCAAAUGGCAAGGUGCGGUUGGCGCAUUCGAAUUAAUGGGACGCAUGGCCGAUGACGCCAAAAUGGGCAUGGAGAGCAGAGAGAUCGAGCAGAGCAAAGAUGUGAUUCGAGAAGCCAUGGGCAAGAAGCUGCAAGAACUCAUCCCUGUCGUGGAGAACGGCAUGCACGACCUCAAGGCUGAGGUCCAAAAACAGGCACUCAAGACCAUGAACAGCUUAACGACACUUUUGCAGAACGACGAUGUGGCUCCACGGAUACCUCUGCUCGUCAAGAGUAUGGAAGAUCCAGAUAAGCAUGCGUUGCAGAAGGCGGUGCAUGCGCUCAGCCAGACCACCUUCGUGACUGUCGUUACCUCCCCUGUACUGGCACUGCUCACGCCGAUUCUCGAACGUGUGCUGAAUGACCCUACGACAUCGAAUGAAGUUUCACGACAGACGGCCGUCGUAGUGGAGAAUCUGACCAAGCUGGUGCACGAUCCUGUCGAAGCGCGAGCGUUUCUGCCAAAAUUGAAGCCUGGAAUCCAGGCUAUCAGAGAUCGUGCUUCCCUACCAGAAGUUCGAGAAAUUGGCGGCAGAGCAUACAAUACCAUGAUCAAAGCAAUGGGCGAAAUUCAGAACGGAGAUUCGAGCGCGCGCACAGUAGUCGAGCGAGUCAAGUCCGAGGACGUGCAGCUAGUGCUGGACAAGGAGAUCAAGCAGAACGGGGGUCUACUCAACUAUUCUGGUGACUCGGACGUUUGGGCGGUCACCAAGCCAUUUAUCGGUGAGAUUAUUGCUGAAGAUGUGAAUCAGCGCAUGCUCGACCGACUGGUUGGCAAUAUUGCUCCAUAUCUCCAGCCUAUGAUGGACGAUGGCAAAGCUGAGAUCGUUGCUCAAAAUGUGUGGAAGUUCUACGUAGCAGAGGACGAGCGGAAGUUCGGCGAGCCGGUCAAGGAGGAUGAUGGCGAGAUAGAGAUUGUCAACGCCACCUUCUCACUGGGUUACGGCGGAAUGCUCUUGCUGUCACAGACAAACAUGCGCCUUCUUAAAGGUCACCGCUACGGACUCUGCGGCCGUAAUGGUGCCGGCAAGUCUACUCUCAUGCGAUCCAUGGCCAACGAGAAGCUUGAUGGCUUUCCACCUCAGAGCGUGCUUAGAAAUUGCUUUGUCGAGCACAACCAGGGUGAAGAUGCUGAAAUCACCAUUCUGGAAUACUGCAUGAAGGACGAGGCCAUCAAAGGAGAAGGCAAAGAGCGUAUCGAGAAUGUUUUGGAAGAAGUUGGUUUCACCAAAGGACCCGGUGGUCGUCAGCAACAGAAGGUCGGCAGUCUUUCUGGAGGAUGGAAGAUGAAGCUGGCGCUGGCCAGAGCCAUGUUGAUGCGUGCAGAAGUUUUCCUUCUCGAUGAACCCACCAACCACUUGGACGUGGGCAACGUGAAAUGGCUCCAGGACUACCUCAAGUCGCACACUGAUAUCACCUCGCUGAUUGUGUCUCACGAUUCUGGGUUCCUGGAUGAGGUCUGCACGGACAUCUACAACUAUGAGAACAAAAAGCUGGUGCACUACAAGGGCAAUCUCGCUGACUUGGUGAAAGUUCGACCGGAGGCUAAGAGUUACUACACUUUGACCGAUUCCCAGGUCCAAUUCAAGUUCCCGCCUCCUGGUAUCCUCACUGGUAUCAAAUCCAACACUCGCUCCAUCCUUCGGAUGACCGAUUGUUCGUUCACCUAUCCCGGAGCUCCAAAGCCCAGCUUGCAGAACGUCACCGCUCAGCUCACUCUGAGCAGCAGAGUGGCCAUCAUUGGCCCGAACGGAGCAGGAAAAUCCACACUCAUCAAGGUUCUGACUGGCGAAGUCAUUCCACAAUCUGGUCGUGUUGAAAAGCAUCCCAACUUGCGUAUUGGAUAUAUCAAGCAGCACGCUCUCGAGCACGUUGAGAUGCAUCUUGAGAAGACACCGAAUCAGUACCUCCAAUGGCGCUAUGCUAACGGCGACGACCGAGAAGUGUUAAUGAAGCAGACCCGAGUCCUUACUGACGAGGACAAAGCGCAGAUGGACAAGUGGAUUGACCUAGGCGAUGGCAAGGCUGCCCGGCAGAUGGAGGCGUUGAUCGGACGACAGAAGUACAAGAAGUCAUUCCAGUACGAGGUCAAGUGGAAGAACCUGCUGCCAAAAUACAACAGCAUGGUGUCGCGCGAAACGCUUAUGGAUUGGGGCUUUCAAAAGCUCAUACAAGAGUUUGACGAUCACGAGGCCAGCAGAGAAGGUCUUGGCUUCCGGCACCUGGAGCCAAAGGUGAUCUCAAAGCACUUCGAGGAUGUUGGUCUAGAUCCAGAAAUCGCCAACCACAAUGAGAUUUCAGGCCUCUCCGGAGGUCAGAAAGUCAAGGUUGUUUUGGCUGGUGCUAUGUGGAAUAACCCUCACUUGCUUGUGCUCGACGAGCCUACUAACUUCUUGGAUCGCGACUCUCUCGGUGGUCUCGCGGUCGCAAUUCGAGACUACAAGGGCGGUGUCGUCAUGAUCUCCCACAAUGAGGAAUUUGUCGGCGCCCUUUGCCCUGAGCAGUGGCAUGUCAACGAUGGCCGCCUCACCCAAAAAGGCUAUCUAGCUGUCAGCAUGGAUCGUUUCGAUGACUCCCGACCUGGCUCGUCGCUCGCAUCGUCUGCCGCAUCUCCAUCCGCUCUCUCGUCAGCAGCCCCUUCGACUGAAGGAACUCCUGCUGGCUCUGCCGUACAGUCCGAGGACGAUAGCCCCAUGAAGUUCAAGGCGGCAAAGAAGAAGAAAAUUACUAAGAAGCAGCUCAAAGAGAGAGAAGUGAGGAGACGUCUGCGCCACAUUGAAUGGCUCAAUUCGCCAAAAGGUACACCACACCCACCUGAUACGGAUGAUGAGGCUUAAGGAUCCAUCCUGCUAAGCUACGAGCGUGAAAUGCAUCAUGACCGUGGUUUUGUUUUCCUGCAUAGCGCUCGGCGUUUGAGUAUGGUGGCAUGUGGAGGCGUAAAUGGGACGCGAUAUGCCUUGCGUGGCUAAGGCCUUGAAGUUGGCACGUUUGCACAUUGUGCUCGUUGGUCAGGAGUUGUCAUGUAGAGGCGUUAGAAGAAGAGCAAGACCAGAAAGGUCAAGAUAAAAUGAUAAAGAGAUAAAAGUAAUGCAAUCAAGCAAAUGAGAACUUGAUGCGCGCCAUGUGGAUCAUUCGUUGGAAUUGGGUCGAGGUUAAGGGUUCUAUGGCGCCGAACAAGAUGAUCUCGAUGCUCUUG